CUUCACACCAAACAUCCUAACCUUAAAAACUUAACGUUUGCAAAGUCAUUACUUGUCAUUAUUAUUACAAAUCAAAAACCGAAGAAGUCGAAAUGGAGUGUAUAAUUGGAAUUAAAUUUAAAGACUUCGUGAUGAUCGCGACCGAUAUGACCACCGCUCACAGCAUUAUGGUUAUGAAGUCCGACGAAAAUAAGCUUUUUCCGUUAUCAAAAAAGCUUGUUAUGGCAAUUGUUGGUGAAAAAGGUGAUACAACUCAAUUUGCUGAAUAUAUCGCGAAAAAUAUUCAAUUAUACAAAAUGAGGAAUGGUUAUGAAUUAAGUCCUAGCGCCGCGGCAAACUUUACUCGAAGAAAUUUAGCUGAAGCUUUAAGGAGUAGAAGUGCAUAUCAAGUUAAUUUGAUGUUGGCUGGCUUCGAUGAUCAAACAGGACCACAACUUUAUUAUAUGGAUUAUUUAGCAUCACUUGCUUCUGUCAGGUAUGCAGCUCAUGGGUAUGGAGGAUUCUUUUCAUUAGCGAUUAUGGAUCGUUAUCAUUUGGACUCAUUAACAAAGGAACAAGCUUAUGAUUUAAUGAAAAAGUGUGUUAUAGAAAUUCAACAAAGGCUUAUCGUUAAUUUGCCAAACUUUAAAGUUCAAAUUAUUGAUACUGAUGGUAUUCAUGAUUGUCCGGAUAUAACUGCUAAAAACAUAGCUUUGGGAAAAUAAUUUUAUUUUUUGUAUAAUCUGUAUUUUUUUUUCUCUUUCAAUGUAAUUAAAAAUGUGUUUUUCAUGGAUAAAUAGCCUUUUUUGUUAGGUAAAAUAAUUAAUCUUAAAAUUUAAUACAUUUCUGAUAAAAUAUUCA